AUGGUCCCCUGCUCCCACCAUCAGGAAGCCGACCCUGAGAAAUGCCCGGCAGCCAUCACUGGAAUGGAAAAGCGUUCUGAGAAGAGGACGCGCGGCUCGCUGUCGGGGACGGGGUGCAGCAUUGAAGCUAGUGGGAUGGAUUAUGUCCGUCAUGGGAGGCGUGAUAUAGCCAGGCAGGUGGAUUGUGUUCCGCAGGGGUGCAGCAUUGAAGCUAGUGGGAUGGAUUAUGUCCGUCAUGGGAGGGUGAUUUCCUCUUCUGCGUCCCCAGGGUACCGGAUCCUCAACCCGGAUCUCCUUGUGAAGAUUGAGAAAUCCGGAGAGCGUUUCCAGAACCAGAGCCAAUCAACAAGUAGCCCGUCUCUCGCCCCGGACAUCCUGCUGAAGAUUGGCCAGUGUGAACCCAACAUGCCUCGGGAAAAGGGGUCACCAAGAUGUCCUCCAGAGCCCACACGAGGCAGCCGCGCUCGGAAACCCGAGCACCCCGUGAGAGUAAAACAGGAGGGUGAAUUGUAUUACUCUGAGCCGGAAUCUGAAGACCGAGCCUUGUCUCCGCUUUCACAUAAACUGGUUGUGGUGGUGAAAGAAGAAAACCUGGAGGACAAGUAUACACCAGAAGCAUCACUUAAGAAGGAUGAUAAGGAAGAGUUCCAGCCUGAAUCUCAAUCUGAAGAUAGUGAGGAGGUGACCGAUCACAUCACCGAUUUGGAAAAUGGUCGCAGACCAGAAGUUCUCCGCACUGGAGAAGAUGGAAAGUUGGGUCAUCCAAUGCCCCUGAUCGGGUCAGAUGAAGACAGCAUGUUGCUGUUUCCUAAUGCCAGCAUUGCCCUUAACCGGGCCCUGGCCCAGGACUACACGCUCGAGAACUCUCUGGAGAUAGAGAAGUACCUGAGUAGCCUUGCUCACCCCAUACUCCUCAUGAAGGACUACCAGAGGCCAACCCAGAGCGAGUAUGACCGAGGCUUCUAUGAUAACUACAGCGUUCCUAGCAAGCAGCGGCUCAUGCUGAUGGGCGAGAAGCGGUACCGCUGCAGCGAGUGUGGGAAAGGAUUCACCAGAAACUCUCACCUGAAGGCCCACAGGCGGAUCCACACAGGCGAGCGCCCCUUUAAAUGCCCGGAGUGCCACAAAGCCUUCAGCGAGAACUCCCACCUCACGGUCCACAUGAGGGUCCACUCGGGCGAGAAGCGCUACAAAUGCGGCACCUGCGAAAAGAGCUUCAGCGAGAACUCCAACCUCAUCGUCCACCAGCGCAUUCACACCGGGGAGAAGCCUUACAAGUGCCCCGAGUGCGACCUCUGCUUUAGCCAGCACUCCAGCCUGGUGCGCCACCGUCGAAAGCACUCCGGCGCCCGCCCGUUCCAGUGUUCGCAGUGCGACAAGACCUUCAGCCAGAAGGGGCAUCUGAGCAACCACGUCCGCACACACACCGGGGAGCGGCCGUACAAGUGCGCCGAGUGCGGCAAAUCCUUCAGCGAGCACUCCCACCUCACCGGCCACCAGAAGAUCCACAGCGGGGAAAAGCCGUACACCUGCGAGGUCUGCCAGAAGGGGUUCAGCAAGAUCUCCAACUUGAAGGCCCACCAACAGAUCCACACCGGCUACCGACCGUUCGCCUGCACCCAGUGUGGCAAGUGUUUCACCCAGCAUUCCACCCUUGUGCGUCACCAGCGGGUCCAUGAGGGCAAAACGGACUCUUACUGGAAAGUUUACAAGGGAGCAAACAAAGGCGCGUCUUGGAACGAAGAGCGCGUGCUUACGCGAACCGGAUUGCCCAAUAGUCAGGGUGCCGAGAAAGAAUUGUCCGGUGAUUUGGUAGAACGCAGCUGA